GAAAUUGAAAAAUAUGUAACUAAAGAUAACGCUUCACCGAAUAUUACUGAUAUUUUCAAAGCUCCUGAGAUAGACCCUAAAUCACUUCAGGAACCACCUAAUAAUAAAGAUAAUGAUUUACGUGGAAGUGAUUCAUAUGGAAAUGGAAAAGUUUCAAGAAAAUUUUAUCAAGGCGGUAUACAAAUCACUGAUGUUAUGGUUGCAAAAAUUUCAAAUUUCAAAACAAGUCGUAGAGAUGAUCAAGCAACCGAGCGACUAUUUAAUCCUGCAACUGUAAAUUGGUUAGCUCCUGAAAAAAUGCCUUAUGGAAAAAACUCUGAAGAUUUACAG